AUGGCUCAAGAACGCUCCGGAAUCGUGGUCGGUCUCAACAAGGGCCACAAAACCACCCCCCUCAACACCCCCAAGACCCGGAUCAGCCGUUCCAAGGGCAAGGCUUCUCGCCGCACCGCUUUCGUCCGCGAAAUCGCCCGUGAGGUUGUCGGUCUCGCUCCCUAUGAGCGUCGCGUCAUCGAACUUCUGAGAAACGCUCAGGACAAGCGUGCCCGGAAGCUCGCUAAGAAGAGGCUCGGUACCUUCACCCGCGGCAAGAGAAAGGUUGAGGACAUGCAGCGCGUCAUCGCCGAGGCCCGCCGUGUCGGUGCUCACUAA